CUUUGAUGCUCCAAGUGUCCAAUACCUAAAGGUGUGUAUUCUCCAGCUUUUCCUCCCGCGUUAUUGAGUCGUAUCCCCCAUUCUUGAUCGAUGGUCCGGAGUUGUCACUGCGGUCCGCGAGGAGUCAUACAUAAUUUGGGUUGCAUACCGCUCCAAUUAUUUUUAAGGACCGUUGCCCGCCUGAUAACAACUUAUCCUUUUAACCACAUUUCCUUGUUGCUACUGCAUUGGGGUGUCUUUGGAUCUGGAAUUCAAUUGUUGUAAUUGCUUACGAAAUCUGGCCGCAGUCAUGAAAUCGCUUCACCAACUUGCUCGCCGUAGGGCGUUACCUAGCUUGGGUGCUCCUCGUGUUGUGCCAGUGCAGACAUCCAGCGCAAACCGAUUAUGGAAAAGAAGCUUCAGCGUCACUCCAGCUGCUUCUCAGGGCGCUUCCCUGGACUCUUCGAAGCUCACUGUCACAAAAACAAGCACUCCCAAGGAAUUGACCCCCGCGAAGGACCUCGUCUUCGGCAAGACGUUCACCGGUAGGAUCGCUCCGACUCAAUCGCUUAUGGGAUACCAUAUGAUCACCGCCGAAUGGACAGCUGCUGAUGGCUGGCACGCUCCCCGUAUUGUUCCUUACCAACCGCUCAGCCUGGAUCCCUCGGCUUGUGUGUUCCAUUAUGCGUUUGAAUGCUUCGAGGGUAUGAAGGCAUAUAAAGACAACAAAGGCCAGAUACGAUUAUUCCGACCGGAUAAGAACAUGGAACGUUUAAAUAAAUCGUCUGCGCGCAUUGCUUUGCCUAACUUUGACGGCAACGCCCUCACCAAGAUGAUUGGCGAGUUUGUCAAGGUCGAUAGCCGCUUUAUCCCUGAGGAGCGAGGCUACUCGUUGUACUUGCGACCCACAAUAAUUGGCACACAGAACACCCUUGGCGUUGGCCCACCUGGAUCCGCGCUUCUGUUCGUCAUUGCAAGCCCUGUCGGCCCUUAUUACCCAACUGGCUUCAAGGCUGUGUCAUUGGAGGCGACCGAUUAUGCCGUUCGUGCUUGGCCUGGUGGUGUCGGAGAUAAGAAGCUGGGCGCCAACUACGCCCCUUGCAUUGUGCCUCAGCUGAAGGCAGCUUCCCGAGGGUUCCAGCAGAACCUGUGGCUGUUCGGGGAGGAGGAGUAUGUCACGGAGGUCGGAACGAUGAACCUCUUCGUUGCUCUCAAGAACAAGGAGACCGGCCAAAAGGAGCUGGUGACCGCUCCUCUAGAUGGAACCAUCCUGGAGGGUGUUACGCGCGACACUGUCUUGUGUCUUGCCCGCGAGAGGCUCGCUCCCGAGGGCUGGACCAUCUCUGAGCGCAAAAUCAGAAUGUCAGAGGUUGCGGAGGCAGCUGAGGAGGGUAGGUUGAUUGAGGUGUUUGGAUCCGGUACCGCAGCGAUUGUGAGCCCUGUGCGAUCCAUCAGCUACCGCGGCAAGCUGGUAGAUUGCGGACUCAAGGAGAAGCAGGAGGCUGGAGAGAUUGCUCUUAAGAUGAAGAAUUGGAUCGAAAGUAUCCAGUAUGGUGAUGAGGAUCACCCAUGGAGCUAUGUGCUGUAACCAGCAAGACCUGAACAGAUAUUUAUCUCUUUAAAUGUACUAGACCCUUUGAUGGAUUUUGUAUCAGAAACUAUUGGCGGCUGGGUGGUUGCAUCUACUACUAUUUUGUCUGUUAUUACUAUAUCAUUGCCUUCUUUCAGUACGUUCAAUAAAGCAUGCGCGCUAUUCUUCUGCAAAUGCCAAAAUUUCUACCUCUUGCCCAGAGGACACACAACCCCU